UUACACGACUAAUAAUUCAUUUUUAUUCUUGAGGUGGGGAGGUUAGCGGAAGAGCAGCGAAAUAAAUCCAGUGAAAGAAAGAGUGCAGGAAAAAAGAGGCACCGAGCAGCCCCAUAAUAACCCCAUUAUAAGCCUCAUCAAUGAUGUAAUGAAAGCAAACAGUGUGAAAAUUGCCUGUAAACAGUUGGAUCUGAGUCUCCUGAUGAAUUCAGUGUCUCUUUUAUCAAAGUGAGGACGAGCCAGAGAGGGGAGGCAGGCAGAAAGGGGAGGGUGAUAGGCAGCCGGAGUUAGGGGGCGUGUAGGGAGGUCCACUCCAGCCUCCCUCAGCCAAUGAAGGCUUGUCACAGGGGACUCACGUGGACCAGGCGCUCUUAAAACCUAGCUUCUGACUUUUCCUCAAGUUCAAAUUUUUGGGAUUCCCUCCCACCCCAAUCACAUCUCGUCCUUUAACUCACCACUUCUGACUAUUUAACCCAGUUUAUCUCCCUCCCCCCUCUUUUUUCCUCUUCUUCUUCCGCUCCGCACCUUGCUCUCCGCUUCCUUCCUCUUGCAGCUCUUGGACGCUUUUCUCUCAUCCAGCUUCGUGUUUUUAAAGGUUUUUCUGUCUUCCUCAAAGGAAUGCCAUCAACAUUCGGUGGCCGCAUGACGGGUUGCCCUGAAGACCAUCCCCCGUUCCUCCCUCCAGCCCGCCGCGCCUGAAACUGUCCAUGGUGCUGACGCGCCGAAGACUCGAGUUUUUCCUCUUUGCGUUAGAUCAAUUCGCUGCUUGCCGCUCCAUCUUUCUGAAGAGAGCUUUUGAACUCAGAGCAAAGGAGCAGAACCUUCAGGAAGCCAGAAGGACCGACUUCAGCGUCUCUGAAUCGCCAAAACGCAAGAAGAUCGGAUUGAUGGCUUUUGCAACUGGGCUGGAAAUAUUUCAUUCAUAAAGAGUAAAGAAACCGGAAGCAGCGAAUGAGUUUGUUGCACGCGUAACAACUCCAAAAGUGUUCGUGUUGCUGCGGAACCGACUGCCGUCUUCAGGAUCAUCUCAAUCUAAAAACCACCCCGUUCCUCCCUGAAACAAAACUUGUCCAAAUGGUCAUUUGAGGAGGCUUCAUCACAGCAAUGGAGGCGUCCGCCAAUGGGUCCAGUUUUGGCAUCGACUCGCUGCUGUCGCACAGGCCCGGAAGCCCCGUGUCCAAAGGGGACAGCCUGGCGGGGGAGUGCCGCUCACCUCUGGAGUUCAGCCCCAGAUCCGACGCGGAGAGCGGCUGCUCGUCGCCGCCGUCUCCGAGGAGGGAGUGCGUGGACGAAGUGGCGCAGAGGCAGGCGCACGGCGUGCCUCUGCCGCCGCACCUCCAGCACGCGCAGAUCUCCGCGGGGUCGCAGCAGAGGACCGUGACCUCGUCGUUCCUCAUCAGAGACAUUCUUGCGGACUGUAAGCCUCUGGCGGCGUGCGCGCCCUACUCCAGCAAUGGACAGCCGACCCAGGAGGCGGGGAGGCUGGCCUCAAAGAUAGCAGACGACUUUAUGGAGAAAAUCCACAGCAACUCUUCGUCUGACAGUGAAUACAAAGUGAAGGAGGAGGGGGACAGGGAGAUCUCCAGCAGCAGGGACAGCCCGCAGGUCCGGCUGAAGAAGCCCAGGAAGGCCCGCACGGCCUUCACGGACCACCAGCUGGCGCAGCUGGAGCGCAGCUUCGAGCGCCAGAAGUACCUGAGCGUCCAGGACCGCAUGGAGCUAGCGGCCUCCCUGAACCUCACCGACACGCAGGUCAAGACCUGGUACCAGAAUCGGAGGACAAAGUGGAAGAGGCAGACGGCGGUGGGGCUGGAGCUGCUGGCAGAGGCCGGGAACUACUCCGCCCUGCAGAGGAUGUUCCCGUCCCCGUACUUCUACCCGCAGAGCCUGGUGUCCAACUUGGACCCCGGGGCGGCCCUGUACCUGUACAGGGGCCCCUCGGCGCCCCCGCCGGCUCUACAGAGACCCCUGGUUCCGCGGAUUCUGCUGCACGGCUUGCAGGGGGGCAGCGAGCCGCCGCCCGCGCCACCGCCGCUCCCCCCCAUGUCCGGCGUGCUUCCCCGGCCGUCGCAGCAGCGGUGAGCGGGGCGCAGUGGACUCCUUUCCAUUUGUUACGCAGGAAGAACAAAACAGAGACAGAAAAAGAUAAUAAAACAAAAGAAACAGUCGAAGAAGAGAAAAGAAGAAUCGACCUUUAUAUGAAACAAACUCCAGGCCGAGGAGGAGGAAGAGGAGGAGGAAGAUGGACACAGCCUUCAGACUGACAACCAGAUUAUGGAUGUUUUUCAUUCUCAUUUGUUUUUAUUUGUUCCAGAGAACAUGAGCUUUAUUUAUAAGUUAUUUAUUUUUCGAUAUGAAUCAAAGCAUUUAAGUUAUGUAUUUAUUUAAACCCAGACUCAGUAUUAAGCGAUUUUCCCAGCAGGCGCAGCUGUUGGAGGCACUUUGACCCAGACUUCAGGAUUACUAUUAUUAUUAUUAUUAUUAUUAUUAUUAUUAUUAUUAUUAUUAUUAUUAUUAUUAUUAUUAUUAUUAUUAUUAUUAUUAUAUAUUGGGUUCUUUUUGUUCACAUAAUUUACAAAAAAAUGAACAUUUUAAAGUUGUCAAAUCCAUUUUUUUCUUAUGAAUCCCCAAUUAAGCUUAUCAAGAAAUAUAUUCAGAAUAUUUACAUCUUCUUGUUCAUUUUUUAACAGAUAUUUUCUCAUUUUGGUGGUAAAAUUUGGUAUUUUGGCACUUUUUUAAACUAACGAAAAGAAAAAUAAUUCUAAUAAUAUUAAUAAAACAAAGAUGAACCCGCAUUAAGAACAUAUGAAGUUACAGGAAGUAUCAGAAUUACCAGGAAAAAUAUCCUUCUUUUUCAUUUUUAAACUCUUUUUACUGAUUUUUCUUCUUAUGGGGAGCGCGCGCUUCCGCGCGCACCUGUUGAUCUGCUCUCGUUGUAUUUGACCAGACGUUGUGAUUUCCUCAUGUUAUUUCAUAUGAAGCUGUGAUAACUCCUAAUUGUAAUACUCUACUUUGGUGAAAAUGUAUAUUGCAGAUAUCAAACUUGUGGAGUGUUUUUCGUAAAUUUCAUGGCUUUUUUUCUUUCGCUCUUUUAGCUUCCUCAGAUCUUCCGAGCAAUUUCGUCAGGUUAUUAUUAUUCUUUUUUUUUUAGCAACGUUUACAGGCAAAAGAUGGACAGAAAAUAUGGAGGAUUUGAUGUAAAAGAGAAUUACUUUUUAUAAAUGUGGAAAUAAAAGUCUUUCUUUUAACCACGUGGCUGCAGAAUGUGUGAAAACGGAGAGGAAAUCAACACGUGGACAGAGAAUCUCUAGAAAAUUGAUUUCUGACAUCACAAGGAGAAAAAAACCUAGAUGUUUACGUGUGUCUGCUUGUGCAGCAAACAAAACACGAUUAAAGCUGCUCUGACUUA